CGGCGCCACGGUUGGUUACCAUGGAGAUCCCGGUGCGAGGUGCGCUCCCGGUCGUGGAGGAGGACGAGGUCCUCAGCGCGCCGCCGCCGGGGUCCGGGUCCGGGUCCGGAUCCGAGGAGCAGCUACGGUGCCGGCGAGGUGGAGGGAGACGGCGGCGGGGGGUGCCAUUCAACCGGGGCGGCUACUACAUGCUGAUAGUCAUCGGGGAGAUCGGCACGGAGCAGCAGCUUGAAGCCGCCAAAGAGCACAUAGAGCGGGGAAUUCGAUCCUGGGAUGUCGACCUCCAGUGCUGCGACCUUGAUCAGCAGCUGCAGCUGUUUAUAACACGCCACUCCGCCCACUUCUCCUCUGAGGUCACAGGACAGAGGACUCUCUACCACAGAAGUGAUGUCCUAGAGACGGUGGUGCUUGUCAACCCUUCACAGGACACUGUUGUAUCAGAGAUCCAGUCUCUAGUCACAGACUCAGCCGGACACAAGCUUCUGGUCUUAAGUGGCCAGAGCUCAGAUCACGGUGGCCUUCUCCUUCAAACCGGGGUUUUCACCUACCAGAAUAUUUCACACAUUUUUACUGAUCCUGGGGUCAGUGAAUUACUGGGCACAACAGCCCCCAAGCAGCAGGCUACACUCACUGUGUCCUGCCGCGGGGAGGUGGGCUGGACCUCCCUGGGACAGCAGCAGACCCUACGGGAGUUCCUGUUGUGCAAACUAAACCCUGAACCUGUUCUCCGCAAGAUGGAGGGCAUCACCGAGUUCACAGAGUACGUCUCUGAAACGGUCGAUGUGCCUUUGCCUUUUGACCUCCUGGAGCCACCCACCUCUGGGGGCUUCCUGAAACUGUCCAAGCCAUGCUGCUACAUCUUUCCUGGCGGACGAGGAGACUCUGCUCUCUUUGCUGUGAAUGGCUUCAACAUCUUAGUGGAUGGAGGCUCUGAUCGAAAAUCCUGCUUCUGGAAACUUGUCCGUCACUUGGACCGCAUCGACUCAAUUCUACUGACACAUAUUGGCGCUGACAAUCUCCCAGGUAUCAAUGGGCUUCUUCAGAGGAAGAUAGCAGAACAGGAGGAAGAGCAGUCCCAAGGCUCCAACAACUACAGCGAGUGGAUGAAGAACCUGAUCUCCCCUGAACUAGGCGUGGUCUUCUUCAAUGUACCAGAGAAGCUUCGUAUGCCAGAAUCUAACCUCAAAGUAAAACGCAGCAUCGAAGAGGCAUCACUAACUCUACAGUACCUUAGCAAACUCGAAAUCAAACCUGAACCUCUCUUUCGAGUGGUGAGCAACACUAUUGAGCCCAUUACUCUUUUCCACAAAAUGGGUGUGGGCAGGUUAGACAUGUAUAUUCUAAACCCUGUUAAAGACAGCAAAGAGAUGCAGUUUCUAAUGCAGAAGUGGGCUGGUAACAGCAAAGCCAAAACUGGUAUUGUGCUGCCCAACGGAAAAGAGGGAGAAAUAUCUGUUCCCUACCUGACAUCGAUAACAGCCUUAGUCGUCUGGCUCCCUGCCAACCCUGCAGAAAAGAUUGUCCGAGUGCUGUUCCCUGGGAAUGCACCACAAAACAAGAUCCUGGAGGGGCUAGAGAAAUUAAAGCACCUUGACUUCUUGCGCUACCCUGUAGCCACACAAAAGGACAUUGCCUCAGGAGCUCCUCCCUCUGUUAUAAAACAGACCAAGUUAAAACAAAGAACAGACAGCAAGGAGAGUCUUAAAUCCUCCCCGAAAACCACAGCAAAGGUUACAAGGAAAGAACCUGAAGGACAAGAUGUUGUGUCAGCAGCCACAGAGGUAAAGAGCGAGUCUGUGAUGGAAAAUACAUCAGAGAAAAAAGAAGAGAUAAAGCCAACUAAACCUAUCAAAUCUAAAACUGAUGUUCCAGAGAAGAAGAAACUCUUGAAAGAAAAAUCCUUAAAAAAGCACUCAAAGGAAAGGGUGUCAAAAAUGGAUGAGAAGAAGGACAAGGAAAAGAAAGAGAUAAGAAAAAUAAAGAAAGAUGACUCAGCUAAAAAAGAUGAAAAGAAAGAUAUUAAAUCCAAAGAGGACAAAAAGAAGGACACAUCAAAACCUGAGCUGAGAAAAAUUACAAAGCCUGACCUAAAACCACUGACACCAGAAGUAAGAAAGACAUUACAUAAAGCUAAAGUUUCGACUAAAGCCAAAACUGGGAAAGUUAAAGCAGCAAAGUCUGAACCUGCUGAACCCAAACCGCAGGAGCUGAAACCUGCAACAAUCCAACCUCAACCUAAAGAGAAUGGAGCUGCUGAGGGACUGCCUGCUCCCUCCCCACCCGAAGACCUCACCAAGGAUUUCGAAGAAAUGAAAAAAGCUGAGGUUUUACUUUUGUCAGCAGAACCACCAGCGAGUACGGAAGUUUCAUCUGAGCUAACAGCAGAAGAGAAGCACGAAGCACAAGAAAAUGUAUCAGAGAUUCCAGCUGGCACAAAGUCUCCUGAAAAAGAGGCAACAGCCCCAGAAGUGGAAGCUGACAUUGAGGACAAAGACAAGGAAUCCACACAAGAAACUGAAUUAGAGGAGGCUCAAAAGUUUGAGGAUGAGGGAGCAGCAUCUCAGGAUGAGGAAGAGGAAGAGGAGGAAGAAGAGGCCCCACCUGCCAAAAAGAAACCAGAAGAGGAGGAGGAGGAAGAGGAUAUGGGAAUAGGGGAAGAGGAGGAUGAAUCCAAAUGGAAAGAGGCAAAGGAUGAUGGACUUGACAGGAAACAUGAGCUUGAAGAAAUGGAGAAAUCAGAAACUCUCUCAGCUAAGGUUGUGACAAGAGAGGAUCUGGAGAUUAUUCCACCCAGGGAGGAGGAAGAGGAAGAGGAGGAAGCAGGAGAGAAAGCGGAACUGGAGGAGGUGGAAGAUUUAGAUGUCAUAGCAGAUGAAGAGAUCAAAGUGAAACCUGAAGAUGCGGUUGAAGAAGAAAUGGUCACAGAAAGCAAAACCGCUGAAACCUCGACCACAGCUAAAUAUGAGGAAGAAGAGGAGGAAGGCUACCUGUCUCAUGUUGGAGGGGCCACAGCUCCCAUCACCUCAAUAGCUCAAGGGGCUGCUGCAGGUGAACCCAUGUCCUACAUCCAAGAUGAAACCAUCCCUGGCUACUCUGAGACAGAGCAGACCAUCUCUGACGAGGAGAUUCAUGAAGAGGCAGAGGAGAGGAUACCACACCUCCAAUAUGAUGUAGGUGCCUACGACAUCUCUGUUCCAGAUCAGACUGAAACAUUUGUAAACAUUCAUGGCAUUCAGGAGAUGCAAGCUGCAGCUAUUAGUGAAAAGGGGUUUAUCCCAGCUUUGCAGGAGCAAGUUUCUGUGUUCACAAACAUCAUGAUCGCUCCUUUGGCCGAAGAGGAGCACGUGUCCUCUGCAACGUCAAUCACAGAGUACGACAAAAUAUCCUCCUUCCCUACUUCUAUGGCUGAAGAUCACUCUGUGGCAUCUGUCACAGCACCUCAGGCUGAGGAACCACCCAAAACAUCUGAUCCCCUGAUAAGCCCGACUGAUGCUACACAAGGCAAAGAGCAGCCACUCUCUGCAGGAACUCUUUCACCACCUUCUUUGGAAGAAGACAAACAACCGAGGUCUCCAUUUGAUGACGCACUGCUUCCUGCUGUAGAAUUGAAGGCGCUGGAUAAAGCUCAUGAUGCAGAGGAGGAGGAGGAAGAUGAGGAAGAAGAUGAGGAGGAUGAAGAAGACCAAACUCCUAAUGUCGAUAUUUCACUUGAAAAACUCCAAGAGGGCUAUGCUUCAUCCCAAAUAUUACAGGAUAAAGAGAGAGACAGUGAAAAGCUAGCUGGCUCAGUCUCUCCUGUUUCAAAAUCUACACAAGACGUCAAACCAGUCCACCUGCCAGUCGAAGAGGAAAAUAUAGAUGCAGUUUUACCAAAAGAUAUUUCAUCUGUUGUUCCUACCAGACCUUUUGGAUCGGAUUCUGUGACCUCUGAGAGCGAGGAGCGUUGCUUCAGUCCCGAUGACAUAACUGUAAAAAUGGCCUCCCCUCCACACUCUGGUCCAUCAAGUGCAGCUCCCUCUCCAAUCCGCCAGUCACCAGUGGAAGACAAGAUAAAGGUUUUCCCUGGUUUGGAGUUGCAGAAGCCAGAAGAGCUCCCUGACAUCGCAAUUGAAGACAAAAAUAAAAAGAUAGCUGAAUCAGAAAACAACACACAAAAAGCUGUUGACAAACAGAUGUUAGAUCGGCAUCAACACGAAGCUGCAACAUCCUUGGACAAAAUAUUGGACAAGGACCUUAAAAAGAUUCCUGAGAUAAAGGAGACAGAAAAAGACACAUCACCAGUGCGAAAAGAUGAAGGCAAACUGACAGAAACCAUCACAGAUGUUGCUGCAUCUUUAGAAGGCAGUCAGCCUCCAGUGUCAGAGAGACACUCCUUCAUCUCAUCUGAACAACAUGAUAAAGAUGGUGGUGUUGGUCUCAAAGACAAAGAAACUAAAGUGCCUGUUUCAGGUAAAUUGCCAGAGGGGGACAGUCAUUUCUUAGGUGAUGAUGAUGAUGAUGAUGAUCACGAUGAUAAAUCUGCAGUUAAAACCGUCAAGGUGGAACAUGAGAAAGAAAAGGACGACACCACUGAUGUCAAACAAUUCAAGGACAAGGAGAAACACACAACUAUCAUUAAAGAGGAUGUGUCCAUCACUAAGUCUUUAAUGGAUGAAAAAGCAGAGAGAGAGGCAGUAACGGCCGACACAUCUGAUAUUAAAAGUGUCAAAGAAGAGCAAACUGCAAAGGACACUGUCACCAUUGAUAGACCAAUUCAAGAUGAGCCUCGACAAGACCAUAUUCCUGAAGUCGAAACUUGUAAAGCAUCAGAGAUCAAGAUAAUUGCUUCUGAGGCCAAACCAGUUAAAGAUGAGCAGGAGCAAAAAGAGGCAAAACAAGAUGACGGUUUUGACUUUAAACCCAAAGGUGAGGUUGAGGAAACAGACGUUCAGAAAGACGAUGUGUCUGAUAGUAAGAUUUUGAAAGAAGAUGGGAAGAAAGAGGCAGAUACAAUUGUUUUUAGCUCAAAACAAAAGGCUGAAGAAAAAGAGUUAGAAAAAGCCAAUGACACAGAUAUAAAGGAGCAAGAGGCAAAGAGGGAUGAUAAGUCCAUUAUUGAGCCAAAAGAUGAGAAGAAAAAGGAGACAGAAAUAUCUGACAUCAAGUUGCUGUCAGAUAUUGAAGUUGAAGAUAAGGAACAGGAGAAAGAAAAGGAAAAGAUCGAUUUUACUGUUGCCAAGCCCUCUACAGAUGAGAAGAAGGAAAGCGAGAAAGAGGUGCAUGACAUCACUGUUACUAAACUCCCCAAAGAAGAAAUCAUGGUUAAGGAUGGCACAUCUGCUGUUACCAUGAAAGAAGAAAAGGAGCAGGAGAUUUGUAAAGAUGCUAUCUCCACCGUUAGCCUCAUCAAGGUCGAGGAAAAGGAUGUGACGGUGAGUAAAGAUGAGUUUAUGGUUGCCAAGCCAACCAAAGAGCAAGAAAAAGAGAAAGAGACAAGCAAAGAUGGUGAAGUUGAUACUGCCGCUAUAAAAGGUACAGAAGAAGAGGAAAAAAAUAAAAUUUUAAGCAAGGAAGAUGUAUCUGCUGGUAAACAAACACUUGGAGAGGAAAGUAAACAGGAUAGUUCUCACCUCAAACUUAUCAAUGUGGAGGAAGAGAAGUUAUGUAAAGCUGAUAGUGAUUUCUCUGCCACAUCAACAAAGGUAGAAGCAAAGGAAACAGUUGAAGAAGCUGUCAAACCAAUCAUAGGAGAAAAGGAGCAAGAGACAAGUAAAGAUAAAGAUGCCAUUGCUGUCAAACUCGCUACGAUGGAGGAAGAAGAUGUAAUAAUUUCCACUGUCAAAACAUCCGGGGACGAAACAAGCAAAAAGGCUGACAUUUGUGCUGAGAAAAAAGCAGAAGAAGACAAAGAGAAAGCAGUGGAUGAGGAGGAAAUCUCUGAGCGAGGAGCAGUGACAAUUCAGAAACACACAUUACCAAUUAAGGAAGAAUUGUCUGAGAUCAAACCUUCCAUGGAGGAAGAGGGCAAAUAUAGCCCUGGUGGAACACCCCCCCAAGAUGAGGAGAAGAAGACUGAGGUGAAAGAAGAUACAUCACAUGCAAAACGUAUCAAGGAAGACGUAAAAGAAACACCAAAACAAGAGGAAAUGGAAAAAGAGAAAGAAAAGAGCAGUUUAUCUGAUUUGGUAUCCAUUAAAGAGCAGAAGGAAAUGGAUAUGGAUGAUAAAAAAGAGGUGGAAAAAAGUGACAUUCCUGACAAACAAAUAAUAACAGAAGCAGCUAAAGAGCAGGGUGAUGUCCCUGACCACAAACCAAUUUUGGAGCAACUUAAGCAUAAGGAAUCUGAAAAGGACAUUGAGAAAGAGACCGCUGAGCAGCCCGAGGAUGUGAAGGAGAAAGAGCCAUCUAAGGUUGAAACCACCGAGGAGGAAAUGAAAGAUGAACAGGAGAUGUAUACUUCAACAUUUAGUGCCAAAGAUGAGACCAAAGAAAGACAUGAUUAUCUUUUUGAGUCAGAGCCGAAGAGGGAUGAUAAAAAAGAGGUAGAUAAUACCUUGGAAGAUGAGAAGAUUAAAAAGGAGGAUAUUUGUGACAUUAGUGAUACGCACAAAACUUUUGGUGCUCCAUCAAUAGAAAUGCAACAAGACCCCUCUGUAACCAAAUCAGGGGAAGACCUGAAACCAGUGACAGAUUACAUGUAUGUGACCCCCCAUUACAUCCAGGAGGAGAAAAAGGAACAAGAUAAAGAAGCAGAGGUCAUUAUUGGUCAAGAAGAGAAGAAAGAAAAAGAAAAAGAUGACACACAUGUUGCUGAACUGAGCAAAGAACAGAAAAUGGAAAAAGAGCAAGAGAAAGAUUAUAGUUAUGAGACUGAAGACAAUAAAGAUGAAAAGGCCAGACCAGCAGAAGAGGAAAAGAUGACUAAAGAAAAAUGUGUUGAUGACACAAAAAUGGAUGAGAUCCCAGAAAAAGAAAAGUUUGACUCCGCUGACGCAGAUCAGACCAAAGAGGAGAAAUGGGAGAGAGAGGAAUUACAGGAGAAAGACACGGACAAAACCAUUAAACAACCUGCACAAACAGUAUCAGAAGAGACAGUGACAUCCAAGUCAGAUUUCAAGCCUGUGUUUGUCGUUCAGUCCUCUGAUGAAGACAGGGAAGACGAAGAGGAGGAAGACAUCUGUAUGGGAGGAGCUGGCUCUAGACCUUUGUCAGUGGAGCCAAUUAAAUCAGAGCAUGACAUCUCCUCUGCAGAUCUGCCUUCAUACGAUACUGCACUGACAAGUGACCAAACUAAGCCACAACCAUCACAACAGAUAGUGAUCAUUCCUACUCUCACAAUGCAGGAGCCCUCUAUUGAUGAAGACGUCAAAGAGUCUGACAAAGAAGAAUCCAGAUUUCUACCUGAGGCUGACAAAGAUGCUGUGAAAUCCGAAAUCACACCUGCGCCUCUCGCUAAGCCUGAGUCCUCGUUUGAUAGUGACACAAAGGAGGAGACGACCUUCAUUCCAAAACAAGAACCAGUUUCUCAUAUCCCAGCUAAAGCAGAACCAGUGUUAGACCUGACCGAGAAAAUCCCUACGUUGUCAACAGUAUCAAGCAGAGACAGUCAACCAAGGAGCUGUACACUUUCGAGCACUGAGAGCCAGUCCAGUGUAGAAGAAAUACCUGAACAAGAGAAACCGAUUAAAUCUCAGUUGAGUCCAGGAGUUAAAGCUACAGAAAUGACAAAUCCACCUGAGAAACCAGGGAAAGAAGCAGAAAGGGAGAUGGAAGGAGAACGAGAGGUGGCUUCUCCAGGAUUUUCACGACCUUGUGCAUAUUUUAUGUUGGACAAAGAGGAGGCUGAGGAUUCUGGACACACUGUUGCUGUAAAACUAGACACUGCAAAAGUGGAGAGUGGCCAAAAAAUAACCUCUGAGAAAGGGAUAGGCAGUGGGAGCCCACAAGACGAAGAGCAAACGUUUGGUGCAUCAAAGUAUGAUCCAUAUGAAAAGCCCAUCCCAAAAGAUCAAGAUCUAGACUCUAGAGAAGAGAGUGAAGUUUCUUUAGGUUUUGAUCAUCCCUCAGAUAUUGAUAUUGAUGAUAACAGAAGAACAAGCCAGGCAGAGGCUGGAGGAGCCAUGUUUCUCAUUGAUGAUGAGUACAAAGAAGAGCCUCUUUCCUUUAGCAGAGUUGACUACAGCCCAGUGUCCCUCACAGAGAGUGAAAGGAGCAGUCACCAUAGUCCAAGCACCUCCCCGAAAUAUGAAGACAGAGAGAAAGGCCAAGAAGAGGAGAGUGAGAGAGAGGAAAGACCAGAUACUCCUUAUGUUGACAAGAGCUUUUCAACCAUAGACCUACAGGACAACAAAAUGUCCCAAGCUGCUGAGUUUUAUUCCUUCACUCCCAAAGAGGACAAACCAGAGAAAUCUGAGAAAGAGAAAGAGGAAGGUGCUGCAGCAGCAAUUCAACCUGGGACCACAGGAGGAAGUGCAGCUACAGCUGUUCAAUCGGCAGGCUUAACUUUAAGACAAGAAGUACCCUCUCAUUCAUUGAAGGAGACAGAUCUUGGUACCCAAGCUUCAGCUCCUCCUGUAGCCUUUGGAGAAUUCACAGAGAGGGAAAAAUCUGCUGAGUCACUGAAAGUGAAAAUCAUGUCCUCUGAUCAUGAAAGAGAAGGCUCGCCAUCCGGUCGGCACUCACCAGCAGAAAAAGACAUUUUACCUCAACCAUCACCUUUUGAGAGAGUGGAAACAUCCGCUGACUCAAGGGCUGCCCCUUCUACCACGUUUCUAGGUCACGGAAUAGACGAUAAUGUUCUUGCCUCUGAUAACAGUCAAAUUAGAAGCUCCGCCACUAGUAGAUCCACGUUAGACUUUCCUGAGGGAAAAGAGAGCCUGAUAGAUCAACGGCUACUUGUAGAGGGUGAAGAUUUUGAUGAUGAUGAUGAUGAAGAUGAGGAGGAAGAAGAAGAGGAUGAGGAGUUAAGUGAUGUAGAUAUGGAAAAGGGUGCAAGAGAGCAGUCUGAAAAAGAAAUAUGCAGAUGCAGUCCUGAUGGUAGUGCCAAGUUAGCUGAAACAGAGGACUCAAAUAAAAAAUCUCAGUUGCCUGAAUCAAGCUCCCUUAAGGAGGAAACCAUGUGUAAACCAACACCUGAUGGUGCCUCCGCUUCUAAAGUCACAGAGACCACCAAGCAGGAUGUAAGUGAAAAACCACCAUCUCCUGAUACAAAACCACUCAAAGAAGAGGAGAGAUCCGGUGAAACAGCUACAUCCAAACCUCUGGAGACAAAGAGUGAAGAUGCAGCAAAAACCUCUCCGUCACAGGGCCACAGUGCUCAUAAAAUGGAUGAAAUCAGUUUUGCUACACCUGCUGUCCCAAAACUUACUGAAACAAAGAAAGCAGAUGAUCCAGACAAAAAGCAUCUAUCCCCUGAACCAAUCACAAAGAGAAGAUUGUCAUCGUCAGAGGACAUAACCUUCUCUGAACUACUCGAGUCUUCAUCUCCAAGCUUUAUGUCAAAGGAUUCUUGUCAUUCAAAGUCCACAAGCAGCUCGACAGGCAUACCUUUGCAAACUGAUCAUUUAGAGCCCAAACCUUCAUCUAGUCCCCCCCCUCCACUAACAAGCAGUUAUGCUGAUAUCGGACAGAGCAGAUCUGGAGGUUAUUCUGAGGAUUUGCAAAGUGAGCACAGUCAAACAGUACAGAAAGACGAUAAGACACAAACACACAAGUUCUCAGAUGACUCUAAGCUAUCCAAGCUAGUUGAUGAUAAAUGUCACGACCAAAGAGACAUCCGAGAACAAAGUCAAGAUGAUACCACCACGAAACAUGAGGAAACUACCUCAUCAGCUUGCACAUACAGCACAUUGACAUAUUCUCCCACAACAUACUCUUCCACAUCUUAUAGUUACUCGUCCUCAGCCUCAACAACUGCCCCUUUUACCAAAAAGCUUGGAGACAAAGUUGAAACUUUCACCACAAUAUCGAGCUCUGAAGUACCUCUACUCAAAGAGGAGCCGUCCUUCACGAAAGCAUCUACAAGCUCCUGCUUUGGAGGAUUUCAGAGAGAUGAGUACAUGGAGGUGACAAUGACACCUAUAACUAAAGUGUCUUUACUCAGUCAGGUGGAAGAGACCACACCAUCGUCUCCGGUCCAGUCUGCCACUGCCAAACAGACUGAGGAUCAUAUCGACUCUGCAAAGUCGGAAAGUCAAGUCACUGAUAGUUUUUAUACGCUAGAAACUAAGAUUACAACAUCCACCACAGUAUCAUCUCUACAGUGUGCUGAACCGUUGAAGAUGUCUACUUCAGAGGCUCGCUUUGACUGCUCUCCCCUCCAAAGGGCUGACUCCUCUGAGAAGGGGUCCCAAGGGUCAGCAGAACAUGAGGAGCCUGAUACACUUGAAAUUAAGGACAGCACCCUAGCAAGUCCUAUUGAAUGUCAAAAAAUCAAAGUGGCUGAGCAAAAAGAGACUUUUUCAUCAAUAACGGAGUCAAGUGUGGUAGAAAGCACCACACACUCCGCAGAGACUAAGAUUGUCACAAUCACCCCUACAACUGUUGUGUCUAAACCUGACGUGGUGUUGUCAACCCAUCAGACAGCCUCUGUUACUCCACUGAGUGAUAGUGGAGCCAGCCAAACCUCAUGUGCCAUAACAGAAGUGUCCAAGACAGAGAAGGAUAAAGAGAAAAGUGAGGAAAAAUCUGAGUCAAAAGAAGAAAAAAGAAAUGGAGCUAUUCAAUUUGUGAAGGAGGAUGCCAGGGUUAGAGAAGGAGAAACAAGUGAGGGAGAUCGAAAGACUGAGCAGAUAAAAGAGGAAAAGAAAGUAGAAGCAAAUACAUCUAAAGACAGCGCAGAAGAGAAGAAUGCUACAGCUGAUACAAAGAUGUGUGAAAAAGCAGAUGGUGGGGAGGAAAGAGAGGCAGAAAGAGGAGAGGAGAGAAGCCUGUUGGACAAGCCACCAGAGAGAUUAGAAAUUAGAAGAAAGAGUAGUAUAUCUGAUUGGGAGCUACUACAGAGGCCUGAUGACUGCCCAAGUGCCCCUCCUCCAGGAUAUGGAGAUGAUGAUGAUGAAGAGGAAGUAAAGGAAGAGAUGGAAUGGAUGGCCAGUGCCCACAGUACCUCUAUAUCCUCUUCAAAGGAUUCUCAUUACACAGAGCCAUCGAGUGAAGGAGCAUUUAAGACUGAUCGGCCCACGGACUUGAACACCGGUGCCACCUCCUUUUCUGCCUCCCCUCCAGGUUACUCCUCAUGUGAGUAUAAACAUCGCAAAGGAGAACUGUCUCCAUCGUUCAUCAACCCCAGUCCUCAUCAGCUCUCCAGUGACGAGGGCGAGGAGGACGGCUGCAGUGACCCCUUGCAAGACGGAGACGAGGAUGAUCAAGAGCAGCACUCUGUGAAAAGGAGGUCGGCCAAGCAGAGGCACCACCACACUCAGAGUCCCCAAGCAGACACUGUUCAGGGGGCAAAUCUUUCUGGGCCCAUGUCAUCUGGUUUGGCUGUGACGUUAGCUGGAGAGGAAACCCCUCCCACAUCAGUGAGCGAAUCGCUGUCGACACAGUCGGACUCAGACGUCCCUCCAGAAACUGAGGAAUGUCCAUCCAUAACAGCUGAAGGAAAUCUGGACUCAGACGAAGAUGCUGAACAUCUGCCUGUGGACAAAUCAUCUGCAUCUGGAGCUGGAGGGGGUCACCAUCCUCCAUCACCACGAUCUGCUCAGAGGAGUCAUGAUCCCCCCCCCACUCCAAUGAAGGACUCUCUUCCUCAUCCUCCCCACCCAGAUGUGUGCAUGGUGGAUCCAGAGGCUCUUCUUAAUGACCAAAGCAGCACAGAGAAGCUUCUCAAGAAGGAGCACAAGACCACCAAGGGCCUCAGAAAGGGUAAACCCAAGUCUGCCUCUCCUGCUCGUAAGGGAGAAGUCAGGAAGAGGUCCUCUACUCCAAUGAAGCAGGCUAAGGACUCUGCAUCACCACGAUCAGCCUCCCUCAGGAGGAAGGACACAGAGCGAAGCUCCAGGCUGAUUAAGAUGUCUGAGAGUCAAGGCUCCAGGACCGAGGUCCUCAUUCCAGGGAAAGGCUUGGUUAAUGGUGUGAAGAGCAGUUCAGGUAACAACUCACAGAAAACAAGUUCAGCCGUCCCUACUGGACCACCUGUCUAUGUUGAUCUGGCCUACGUGCCUAACCACUGCAGUGCAAAGAACGUGGACCAGGAAUUCUUCAAGAGAGUUCGGGCUUCUUACUAUGUGGUGAGCGGGAACGACCCGGGCAGUGGAGAGCCAAGUCGCGGGGUCCUGGACGCCUUGCUGGAGGGCAAGGCUCAGUGGGGCUCCAAUUUACAGGUGACUCUGAUCCCAACUCACGACACGGAGGUGACCAGGGAGUGGUACCAGCAGACACACGAGAGGCAGCAGGAUCUGAACAUCAUGGUUCUGGCCUCCAGCAGCACCGUAGUCAUGCAGGACGAGUCCUUCCCCGCCUGCAAGAUUGAAUUCUGAGUUUCAUGAGCCCUGCUCUGCACCCUCAAACUUUAGUUUGUUUUCGUCAGUGAGUUAAAUGCCUGCCCUAACACACGUCUCAAACUAAGACUAAGAAUGGUAGUAAACAAGUUAAAUCAUCCAGGAAAUAGAGGAACAUCAUCAUCAUCCCACAAAUAUAUUAAUAUUAAUAAAAAUCUAGAAAAUGCAUUGUUUCCCAUUUGGAAAAAAAGGCCAGAGUGCCAAAACACGAGUCCUUACUAAUUAACUUUACCAAAUUAUUUCCCCAAUAAUCUCAAACAUUCAAUAGUUGCUUUAUGUUAUACGCACAGUGCACAGACUAAAGUUUUUCUCUUUGACUUCCAUCUGUGCACAUGACAAAUUUCUUUUGCUCUUCUGCUGGCACUACACUAGUGUUUGGAUAGACUCAAUAACGACAAAAAUCAAUGUUAUGUUUAAAGAAAAGAAAGAAAAAAAAACAAAAAGUUCCUUCUUGUCAUUUGUGCUGAAGUUUUAGAAGGUGUCUGAAGUUGCCGCCCUUUGAAAUGUUUCUUCUCGGCUUUCUCAGCUUCGCUGGUGCAUGAUGCUUGUGUUUUAGCUCUUUCAGAGACACAUGCUUAGGGUUAAUGUUUCAUUUAGCCAGUGCUCAAGCGUGGACUGCAGUAUAGCGUAGAUAGGCUUCUACACUGUUUGGCCGUCUAUGCUAAAGUGAAUCCAAUAGUCUGAAGGCAAGAGGACAAUGUUUUUACACUAUUCAUAUCUCUGCUUCUUAUCAUGGUCUUUGUUGGUUGUAUGUACUCCAGUAAACAUAUUAUGAUAUAAACAUAAAUGUUUGUAUAUCAAUACAGAGGUUAUUUAUUUUGUGAUGAUGAAGCAAAUUAGAACCCUGAGGUGAACGCAGGGUAUUGGAUCGUGCAUUUGAUCAGUUUUAAUGAAUAAUUACUUCAUUUCCUUCUGUUAAACUACAUUUUCUUGUCCCUGUCAAAAUCACAAAGCAGUGGAAAAAACAAGCAGUGACCUGUGACAAAUGUAGCAAAGAAAGCUGGUCUGUUCGUCCCUUGAGAGGGACCAAUGCUAGGACCUGCAAUAUCUGUGUGUACUGUUGGUUUUAUUUUUAGGAGAACAUCUGUGUUUAAUAUGUUACAGGGGGCUUCUUCGAUGUGCCUUUAGCUUGUGGUUUUUGAGGCAGCAAAAUAUUUCAAGGACAUUUGGGAGCAGACCAAGAAACCAGGGUAUAUCGAGUACAGGACUUUUAAGCAGAAGACCAAUCAUCUCAGAUAGUACAAAUACAAACUGUAUCCACAGCCAGGAUAGUAAACCGUUGGCACUUUGUAAUCAAAUUCUUAACUCCACAUCCUGAAAUGCCAUUUUGGAAAAUUUCCAAAGCAACAUGAAUGUCGUCAAGCAUGGUAUUGCACCAAAUACGAGCGCACUUUUCGGAGGAAGGAGAGGGGAGUUUAGGCUUCAAUGGUUUGAUUGAAGUUGAGCACAGAGAGUUAGUGUAGCAGCAGAAGUUCACUUUUUACUGUCAUAUGACAUAAUGUACAAGUUGUUCCUCCAAACUGAGCUCGCUGCUCUUGAAGGACGACAUGUCUAAUACAAAGCGAUGACCUAAUAUUAAUCCCAGAGCAUUAUUUAUAGAACGAGCAUGAAUGUGAUAAUUAUGAUUGUACUGGAUAUGAAGUAGGAAUGCUGUACAAGUAGUUCUGUACGUGUGAGAGUAAACAAUGCACACUGAGUAGCUGUUAUUUGUAAUUACAGCACGGUUCGUUUUCUCUAGGUUUUUGUUGCGUGUGACUUUCUUCAGUAGGUUCAGUGUGAAAGGACUUUCUGCUUGUUCACAGCCAAAUUAGCUCAUAUUCAAUUCACAUGAUUUUUUUUGAUUUACAUUUUCGGAACAUUGAUCUUUGGUUUCAUUUUCUGAGGCUCGAGGAAGGGCCAGGCUGGGUGAAGCAGGGCAGGCUUGAUUUUCCAGAUAGGACUUUGUUGGAGCUGUUUACGACAGCUCCCCAGGAUGUUGCCAACUCAAAGCAGAGAGGAUCAUCUGCUCGCACAGUUUAUCUUCACCCAGUUCUCUGACUCAAAAUAUGGAAGAACUUUCUUGAGAAGGAUUGAACAUCUUGUUAAAUUGUACAAGCCUGCAUGAGAUCCGUGCCAAUUUUUGUUUGCCGUAAAACCCAAAACACAAACCCUUUUUUUAUACCUCAUCUUCCAAAGGCCCCGUGCUUUGCCUUGCCUGGCCUACACCUUUUCUUUCAAAUCAAAGAUAGAUCAUUUUUACUUUUAGUAUAUUACUUCACAAUUAUGCACUGUGCACUUCUUGAUAUGCAUCUCAUUCUUUGGGAUGUUUUAGAAGCUUCUUCAUUUUAGCUGUAGUUUAUACAGCUGGGUACUCACUCACAAGUUCAGACGUACUUUACGGCACGGUCACACAUACACGAACGUAGGCAAACAUUGCGGGUCAAAGGAAACCAAAGCUGAUCUCCAUGUUUAGCCAAGCUGCGAACUUGUUAUUCACGUAUGAUUGACCGUGCGCUUAGUUUGAAGGGAGUUGAUUAGCAAAAGUGCAGACGUGACGCACACCCAGUGAAAGUUCCAAAUGACUCCCUGUUACUUCAAACCCAAAUGUUUGUGAAACGAUCAAGAAAAAAGUCCUUUCCACUCUUUUAUCCGCUGCUGAAUGUAAACAUAUCCAAAAACAGGGAGAAGCUUUUGAGGUAUGGGUCAGAUGUAGUGGACGCCCUGAUGCGUCGUACUGUCUUUCAGUGAUGUUUUUAAGUUGGCAGAUUCCAAAUACUUGGUCUUGAGAUGCUCAACGCUGUGAAUCAAUCAGUACUGAACUGUAAAACUAUACAGAAGCUGAAUGCACUAUACUGGAGAUAUAUUUUUCUGAAUGUAGAGUUGGUACUACCUUAUGUAUGCUGCUGGAUCAAAACAAUAGACAAAAAACGAAUAAAAACAAAAAAAUAUAAAUAAAACACUCGCACCAACUUAGACAGAAAUCAAUUUAAAGGGAGCACAAGGGUGGGGGGGAGAUGCUGUUUUCUGUUUUGGCAAAUUGUCAUUUCAGUAAUAGUUCUUCUUUGAAGUAGGAGCAAACGCUAGAUUUUUCAACAGAGGUCCCAUAACAAACAUAUAUUAACAAUAACCAUGCAGCUGAAACUUUUUCCCUUUCCUGAAUAUGACUUGAAAAAAAUGCAGAUUCAAAAACUAUCAAUAAAAUCAAACAAAUUCAAUAUGUACACUGAUGUACUGUGCAUGGACGUGUACACAAGACGCUCUGGAAAGAACACAUGUGAAAGAUAUAACAACUAUUCAUUUUGUGAAACGUGUUCAUUUUAGCUGACUUUAGUGACAGUAUACACUCAACACUGCUAACUGUUCUAUAAACCAAGGAAUAUAUUCAAACGCUGACAAGAUACAGAAUGAAAAAAAAUGUGCAUCUUUCUGUUCAAUGUCAUGAAGAUAUUAUUUGAUCAUAAUACUGUUUCAUCCGUCCAUCUAAUCUUUCUGCAUGUGAUUUAUUUAGUUAUAAUCCUGAAUGUAUGCUAUUUUAAAGAGGUAUAUUUGAAAAAAGCUAAUUGUCUUAACUGGUACUGAAAUGACUUACAGUAAUAUAAUACUGGGCUGUGCUUUCAUUGUUUGCCCUAUUAACAUGUUGCUAAUAAGACGCUGUAUUGGUAGUUCUGUUUUAUUCUCUCUAUCUCUCUCUCUUUUCUUUUUGCAUUGUAUUAAUCUUACUUCUGUUUUUCUUCCUCAGCGCAAUAUUCAAUAUCUCUCUGUCUCUUAAAUCUAACUGGUUAAACUAGAACUACUGCAGAUUCAUUGUAAAAGGGAAACAGCCUGGUGAUCAUUAAUUAAAGUACAUUUAAAUCUGAA